UCGUCAAUGUAAUCCUAAAUGGAGACGGCCGUAUACAAUAGGAAUGUCAGGUGUCAAAGAAUUUAUUGUGUUGCUUCUUUUUCGGAUAUGUGUUGCUACAGCACCCUACAAUGAGUUUAUGACAUGGGACAAAGCAAAAGACAAUUGCACGUUAGCAACACCGGAGUUUAUUUAUGAUGGUGAAAUCUUUACUGUAAAGGAGGAUCAGAACAUGACAAAUGAUAUGGAUGGAAGGUGGCUUGGAUACUUCCGGAAUAUGCGGGGGUUUGAGUAUUUCGGCUGCAUAGAACAUCCAGAAACCUUACGAAUUCAAUCGAAACAUAUUGUAAAGAAUUCACCAGGAAAUUGUUUUUCUCUAUGUUCACGAAAAGGAUCAGUUAUUGGACUAAUGGGUCAUGAGUGUUUUUGUUUUAAAACGAUCACAGCAGAACAGACACUAGUUAGCUAUGCGUCAUGUAAUGAAUCAUGUCCGCCACCCUCUGAAGGUUUAGCUUGUGGGGGACAAUCAUUUAUUUCUUUAUAUGUGGUUAAUAAAAAAGUUCUAAACAUCCGUAAGGUGUUUGGUCAAAAUAAAAAUAAAAGUAAUUGCGUCAGGCUGGAAAGCGACAAGAAACUUUUGUGGGCUCAGUGCGACGGUGCGUUACACAAUAUAUGCUAUGAUGGAACAACAGCUUACGAUGUGCCUGCUCAAACGACAGGUCGGCAAUAUUUUCCAUGGUAUCGGGCAAAUAACUUAUGUUUUGGCAGCAAUGUUCGACCACUUUUAUAUGAAAAUGCUGUGAACUUUAACGGAAAUACUAUACACUCUUGGACAGGAAUGUGUCGCAGUCUGUCAAUCUUCACAUUCUCAGAACCAAUCAUAGGAAACGCUCAUUUGGAAUACGGGUAUUUGAAAAGAUGUGAUGCUUCUGAUAAGUACGAACUUCAUUUUACUGGAAACAUACAAGAACAAAAGAAAUCGCUGUGCAAAAGCGAUAUAAACACAUCAAAAGAGCAACACCAAACCGGUGAUGGUGGAAAUUCAGAUACAGAUGUAGGUUUAAUUGUAGGUUCAAUAGUUUCUGCUACCCUGCUUGUUGUUGCCAUAGUGAUAAUUCUUUUUCUGGCCAAGCGGAAGAUACACUUAGUUCAAUGCUGCAAGACAAAAGACCAAACAUUGAGUUUUACCAUCCACCAUGGUCCUAAUGAGCAUGUUAUAACAGGAAGAAGGAAUUCAAACGAGAUCACUUUGCCCGGCCAAAUUAGUGGUUCUUCAUACCAAAAUGUUGAAGCGCCAUCUAGGGAGAUAACUGAUCUGCAUACAUAUUGUGCACUUGAAAAUAUCGAACGGGGAACAAAUAAUAUGGAAAGUGAAUACAGUCAACUGUCGUGUUCUUGAUGAUGCAUGGAUUGUCAAAAGAAGUCAUUGUAACAACAUGGCGAAAUGACCGUUUUUUUAAAUCUUUUUGAGGAUAUUUUGUAAUCUGGGAAAAAGGAGAUCCUUUGAGAUCUUAUUUUUCAUGUCAGUAACUCAAUGCACGUAUUUCUUUUCUUUAUGUUGGUCCAAAUGGACCUGAUUGGUUUAAAAUCAAUAUUAUUGUAAAAUGACUUCUUAUAGUUAUGAUUUCUAUUCAAAUUUUGUCUGAAAA